AUGACAACUCUGCAAAAGCAAAAACUGAUCUUCAAUGAUCCAGGUGUAUACAAUCUUUUAUAUGCUGAGAAAACAACGUUAACGCCAGAGGUUCGUAUUCAAGCACGCCUUGAACGCUUCCCAGAUCGAAGUGUUGAUUUUAGUAGGUUUUCGAUUCACUUUAUUAUUUCUCAACCGAAUAGUAAACAAAUUUAUUCGAGCGAUUCGAAUAAUUUGUUUACUAUUCGCUGCAUUUUUGAGGAUUACUGCUUCAUGUAG